UCGUAAUCACUGCCAAAGCUCCCUAACGUUGGUCAUGCAUCGCUAGGAACACGAAGAUCUCCAAUGAAUACGAAUUGUGAGCUUGAAUUGAUGUUGUGGCAGACGAAACAUGAUAUAGCAACGCACCAGGGAACAAUUUCGCAGUUGUUGAUCAAUAUACUUGGCAUUUCUACUACAACAAAGAGACGUUUAUAUGUUUACAUGCUUACAUGGCGAUGACUUUAGACUCAAGCCAGUCGGCGGUACUGGCGCAGGAAUACGCUCAACUUAACGAGUUUCAAAUAAGAUUGGGUGAGGACUUUUUUUCAAGUUUAAAUACAAAACGUGGCGAUUCUCUGAAGGUGUUAGACAUGGGCUGUGGAACGGGUGAACUAACCGCAUGUAUUGCAGACAUGCUUGGUGCUAAUAGCGAGAUUGUUGGAGUGGAUCCUUUAUUGGAUAGAAUAAAUAUUGCCAUGAAUAAAAAUCAGCGAGGAAAUCUCAGGUUUAUACAUGGCCAAAGCUCCAGCCAAUUUCCUCAUCAUAACAAAGCGUAUUAUGACAUACACUUCAGUAAUUUAGUCUUCCAGUGGUUGCAUCCAAAGGAUAAAGAAAUUUUCAUCGAUACAGCGUUCAGAGUUCUCAAGCCUGGAGGAAGAAUCGCAAUUAGGAGCCUCGAGGAAAAACCCGAAAUUCUAUCAACUGCGCUUGAGGACUUUCUCGUUGAACGAAUCGAAAAGCUGCCUGUCCCAGAAUAUUAUGUGAAAAAAUCAGAAGUCGAAGUUAUGUUGAAACAGGCUGGUUUCGUCGUAGUUUCCAGCCACUACAAAUCGGCAAAUUACAAAUUUGAAAAUAUGGCUCAUUUUCUUGCCUGGAUUCGUGCAACAUAUUAUAUUUUCGAAAGUGAAUUGCAAGAAAGUAAAGUUGACGGAUUCUUGCGAAGGUUUGGCAAUCAAGAUGGAACGGUGACGAUUAACGAGCCCGCUAUGUAUCAAAUCAUCGCUUUGAAAGCUGAACCUUAAGUUUUUCGAAAAAAGUAAUAGACGAAGACCAAAGGAAUAUUCUUCGAGAUUUUUUAAGUAAACUCCAUUUGUAGCUUAUAUUUUGUAUUCAGUCUCUAUCUAUAUGCAUUUAUUGAGAUUUUUAGGGGGAGAUAAUGUGAUAGCAGGGUUCAUAGGAUAAUUAUACUGAAUUGCCGUUUUAUCCUCUGAAAAUGUGUGACCCUCCAAGACAUACAUUAUGCCCAAUAUGUCACUCUUGGCUUUUUGAAACGUCAGAAUUAAUUAAAACCUGGCCGGCUAAAAUUUCAGCCCGGGCUGAGUUUGUAAAAGCUGGUGGUGUAGACCUAUUUCGAUUCUUCAAGCGCCUUAAAGUCCCGAAUAACAAUAACCUGACCUCUAAAUGAAAUAA